AUGAUAUUUCGUAGUGUUAAGGCAUUUGUUGCAUCCAAGGAAUUCGUAUGUAGGAAGAACGGUAAUAGUAACCGUGAUUCCAAAAAUAUAUUGGAAUGUAAGAAAGAGAACUAUAACAGAAGUAACUAUGGGAAAUUCAUGUUCUCAAAUUUUGGUACACUGUUUCUCGUGGGUUGCGUAUAUAUGUUUCUACAAAGUGGAAAAAUAUAUGAAGAUACUAUAGUCUCAGAACGACAUUGGAGUAAUGGUAAUGGAAGACAAUUGGCAGAAGCAAAUCCUACAAGCGGACAGGGAGGAAACGAUGGAUAUAUGGGCAAAGAUUUUGAUCCGUACGAUAUGACAAAUUUGGAACAACAAAAUUAUGGUACUGGGAACACAAAUGAUCUGACCGACUUGUUUCAGGGAGGAGGCGAUUCUGCAUAUAUGUGGGGUGCGAACGGAAACGGAGCCACAGGUUAUGGUGAAGAAAACUGGGAUUCAUAUUAUAAAAGUGCUUAUGGGAAUUUCCCUCCAUCGGCUGACAAUGGCCCAGCAUCCCAUAGGGCAGAUGCUUCACAUAACAGAAUGUCAAGAUAUGGUGAUAGCAGUAUGAAGAAUGGUAUGAUGGGAAGUAUAACAUCGUCCUUGGGUAAUAUUCCGAAUGAAAGUGUUCUCGGUAGCCGCGCCUCUAUGCAAAGUAAUGAAGCUGAUGGUGCUGCAGGUGCCGAUGGUGGUGCUAGCUCCGAUGGUGCAGAUGGUGAUGCUGGUGGUAGUUUGCCUGGAAGUUCUAACAUGAAUGAAGGUGUUUUAGGAUCCAAAGCAGCUGCAGGAGGUAGCCAAGGUGAACAAAUAACAGAUGAUAAGUAUCCUGUUUUUGAUAGUUUAUAUGAGGAGUACUUAGGAGCUACAAAAGGAGCAGCUACAUUAAGAGGUGUCCAUGCAAAAACAGGUGGUGGACUGGGAGGUCGAUGGGGGGCUACGGUUGGUGGCACAUCAGGUAAUGAUUCAGAUGAUGAAUUAAGCCCUGAGGCACGCGCUGUAUUAGGUCGAGCAUUUGGGAAAGGAUCAGGUGCAGAUAUCGGCGCUAGAAGUAGAAACAACUUCAAGGAGUCCUCUGAUCCAUAUGGACAGUUUGAGUCUGGAGCUGCAUCAGAUUCCAUGUGGUCUGGAUUCCAAAAUCAAUAUGAUUCCUUUACUGAACCUACCAUGAGUACGUCAGUUAGUACGAACGAUAUAUCUCCAAGGACUAUGUGGGCACACUAUAGGCAGCAGCUAGAGAAUUACUCAGAUGCUAAGGACGAAUUGGAAGAAAGUAGACAAGAAAAGCAAUUUUCUGAAAGAUCAAGUAGCAGUCAUCACCGCACAAGAUCGUCAUCUGGAAGAACGUCAAGUCGUUCUAAACCUAAAUCAUCAUUAGAUAAUAGAAUAGUUAAAUCUAGCGCAAAGAAAGGAACAUCGAGAGAUGAAUAUGAAAAACGUCGUAAAGAUUCCAAAAUGCUGCAACGGGCCUCCUCAAAACAUAUCAUGGAAAUGAUUGACAAGUUAGGUAGUACAGUGAAUAUGAGAGACAUGUUCUAUAUAUUUAACUGUUUGAUUAACCACGAAAGAACAAAAUACGUUGAUAUGCAGGAAGGUACCAUGUUGUUCUGGGAUAAGACGGCAAAAUCCUAUGGUAUACCUGGUUGCUACAAAAAUAGACAGUGGAUGAAAGCUUUUGAUGGUAUGACGAAGGAGUUAUUCUAUACGGAAAAGAAAUUAUUCGAUAGACUAUACUAUUUACUUCAAACUGGAUCAUGCUCACGCAGAUCCUAUAUUCAAUUUCUUAAGGAAGUUAAGUAUACAUGCAGUAGAGUGCGGAAAGAAAUGGAUUCUGAGUGGAAGCAAUAUUUAUGCUCGAAAGUGGCAGGAGCCUGGUAA